UGAUCAAGUACGCAGCAGAGACUGUGGACGAGCAUGGCGGACGACGUGCCUCCUUCUCCGUUCGAGUUCGAGCGCGACUACUACGCGCUACUGGGCGUGGCGCGCGACGCAUCAAGCGACGAAGUCCGAAGCCACUUCUUGUCGCUGUCGCGUGAGUUCCACCCGGAUCGUCGACGACAAGGAAAUGCGGCGAUCGUAGCAGCCGCCAACUCGCAGUACGCGGUGCUAGACAGAGCGUAUAAAGUGCUGUGCGACCCGGUAAAACGCCGCGUGUACGACAUCUAUGGCGAGAAGGGAGUGCAUGCGCUGGAGCAAGAUGGCGUCGCUCAGCAGCAAGCUGUGGGCGCACACUUGAAGACGUCGGACGAGAUGCAGCAGUACGUGGAGAAGAUCAUGCGUCGCAUGAACCAGCAGGCUCUGGAGGCGCAGUUCUCGUCCCACAGCGAGAUGUCCAUGGGCGUCGACGCCUCGGACUUCGUGCAGGCGCCCAUGCAAGGACUGCGUAGCUUGUUCCACAGCGGUGCGAGAUACGUGGAUCGCACAGACAUGACCAUCCACCAGCGUACAGUCUUCCCUUUGUCGCGUAGUACAGCGUUGACACUGGGAGGCUACAUGUUCGACAAGAAGGGGAUGGGUAUGGGCAGCUUUACAGCCGAGUUGACACACUCGUCACUUGAUCCCAGUAUCCCGUCGUUCACGCUAACAAGUCAGCUAGGCUGGACGCCUAGACUCCAUUGUCAGAUCAGCCAGCCAGUGUCUCGGUACACAGUCUUCAUGCUCAUCCCCGAGCUCGAUGAUCAUGGACUGGACAUCUCUGUGGGAGCCAACCAGCUCCUAUCACCGCAGCUUCACGGCGCAAUGAUGUGGAGUACACGGGACGGUCUCUCCGGGUCGCUAAGUCAGGACACAGGCACGUACAACGCCACAGCUGCCGUCGCUGUGAACGCUGCCGGCCCCAACUUUACGUUCCAGCUCCGUCGUGCUCUUGUGGCUGCCACGACAGCGAAGUUGUCGCUGCGUGCGAGUCUUUCGACAGGCCUAUCGGUCGUGGCUGGAGCUAGUCGAGAGAUCUCGAACCGCACUCGGGUGGCGUUAGGCGUCCUACUCGCGCGUGCCGGCGUUACUCUGCGUGUCGGCUUCACUCGUGGCAGUGUUCGCUUUGUGAUGCCCAUUUUCUUGUCUCCAUUCUCGCCGCAGUCGGCGUGGUUUACAUUCUGCGCAGCCACGUCACCUUUCAUGGUGGCUGCGGUCGUCACGCAGCUUAUCAAACCUGCUCAGGAGCGUCAGCGUCGUCUAGAACUGGAACACAGACACGAUAUGCGUGUUCAGUACCUCGCGACGGCGCGUCAAAGUGCACUAGAGCAACAGAAACUGAUGCGUCGAAGUGCAGAGGAGAAAGCGGACAAGGAACAGCAACGAGAAGACGGCAAAGGGCUGGUGAUUCUGCUAGGUCGAUACGGUACGAACCCGACGAGUCCCGACUCGCGUGGGGCCCGUGUAGACGAUCUGGAUGCUGCUCUCCGUGCGAUGCGCUACGACGAAGGCAGUGGGGAGAAUAUCACGCAACAAGAGGCAGAAGCGGAGCUGCUGGAGCAGAAGUGGGUUGAUGUUACAAUUCCUCUUCAGUUCUUUGUCAAGGUGCGGAAAUGUACUGCUAUCGUGGCAUGA